UUUCAGAUGAAUCCAUCAACUUCUAGUUCAGUCGAAAUACCAAAACCAAUAAGUUCUCCAAGAAGAACUCUACCAGAAGCUCCUCCAAGUUAUUAUGAUUUUCCACCGAGUUAUACAUCAAAUGGAGAAACCUUUACUGAUGAAUUACCAGCAUAUUGUCCAACAGAAUUCCCUGGCACAAGGCAAUGUGCUCGAGAUGGAAGCCGAUCAAUGUCAGGUGUUCAUAAUCAACGUGUAUUUACAGUACUUCCACGUCAAUCAUACGCUAUCCGAAUGCAGAGAUCACGACGAGUUUCUCCGUCUACUGGCCAUCUUCGUCGACGACUCAACAAAGUAUUCGGGCUCGCCUUUAUUCUGAUGCUUGGGACAGUUAUUCUAAUACUUGCAGUUUUGAUGACAAUAUCACUAGUUUGAUAAUUUAUUGUGAAAAUAAAUUGAUUUUAUUCAAAACCAACU